UCGAUGAACUUCUCCGAAGGCGACAAAUUCGGAACACCCGAUGAUAGUGUGUUGCCGCGAGACUGUUGGCAAUAUGACGCUUCGCAGAGACAAAAUGGGAUCCUCAGUCUUUUCCGGCGACAGGCCUUCUAGUCGUCAAUCGUCUGAUUGAUGAAUCCAGAGUCCUCCUUCAAUUGCCCAUGUGCACACACACCCGCGCUUGGGUUACGACUCAAUUGUGUGCGUGUGGUGUGAUGUUUUACUGCCUGAACCUUUCCUACUCGUUCUCCGGCACUCUUUACCAGUCCCCGUUUCUCCUGUUGGACUUCUGCUCUGUUCGCUAUCCCAAGUCCAGCCCCAGAAUCGUCCCACGGGGGUGUCGGUGCCUUCCUUUCCUUUCCUUUCAAGCGACGGCUGUCGUUACGCGCGCACAGAUCCUUCCAGCUAGUUUUUCUUCUUCAAGGAAGAAAUUUGCGCUCCUAAGUUUCCGAGUGUCCUUUUCGAUGUUGGGUUUGGGCUGCCAAGCGCGUCCUGAGCAAAGUUGGGGUAACGUCAGGAACGUUAGUGGAGGCAGGAAAGCCGUAGACGGAAUGGAACGACGAGAUCCAGUCCGGAAUUCGUAGAAGAGUUGUACUGUUUGAGGGGGGGCUUGGGGGGGGGGGAGGAGGGGUUGGGUUGAGUUGAGUUGAGUUAGGUUGGGUUGGGCAAUCGGAGGAUUCGAAGGCGGUUGAAAAGGUGGGAGAGCGGUGGGUUUGGGGGGUGGCCGCGGAUAGCAAAAGGGAAUGACGAAAGGCGCGGAAGGACAGACACAGGUUAGGAGGAGCUGUAAAGAAAGCCG